AUGGCUGGCACAGCUGUAUCGAGAUUUUGUCGGGGUCGAAACGAAGACGGAGUUCUUCCGUACCUGGUGGAACUGACUAGCGACCAUUUGUUUACAUUUGAGAUGCUGAAUUCGAUGUGUCUACUAGAUAACUACGAUCACUUGCUAUUUGCUUUGGAAUGCCAGAUAUCUAGCAGCGGAAGCGUCGUGGUGCCACCAUUUGAUGUUUUAUUAGUUCUGAUGACUUUAGCUACCGUGUCGGAACAUUACAAAGAACCGGCGUCGAGGGCCAAUGACCCUUACAAUGUCUCCAGGAGCAAGCUGAGCCACCGAUCUUUGAAGGUACUGAGGUUUUACACCGAGCUGCUGAAACAGUAUGACGCGGAAAGCGGCGGACAGUACGAAUUGGAGCUUUUAAGGUGCCAGUUCUUCAUCAUCGUUGACUCGCUGAUUGGCAAUACCAGGUGGGGACGAACUGGUCGCGUGAAACGCCGGAGAACGGAGAACGGAGUGUCUUACACGUCGUUUGUGUCGGAAAGUAGCGACUCUGAAUCCGCAGGUGAGUCUUCUGUUGACAAUCCUUAUCGAUCCUACAUGAGCUGCCUGGAGCGUAAGAAGCGGGUUUUGGGCAACGAGUUGCUUAGCACCAAACUGAAGGCGCCCGGCGAGUUCAUCAACAUGAUACUGUGGACUUUGUCCAACUCGCUGCAAGAGAACACGGCGCUAUACAUCUCAAGCCAUGAUAUCUGGUUGCCACUCAUAGAGAUACUGGUUGACCUGAUUGUGCUGAGACAUGACUUCUACGUCAACUUUGAACUGUCCAAGUCUGCAGACGACAGAGUCGUUUCUCAGGAGCUCUCAGAAAGCCCAUUGGCCAGUUUCCUGCAUAUCAUCGACUCCUCGCACUCGGGAGCUUUUUUCUGCAGGUGUCUGUUACUGGCCUGUGACUACUCAUAUGAUGAUUCAUAUGGCGACAUAGAAGUGCAUCCUGUUUUUCAUAAUGAGAACGUCCUGAGCAAGACCUAUGUUCCAAGGACUACCUACUGCAAGAGUUAUAAGCUUAAAAGAUCGAUGUCUCUGCGAAGAGGCAUUAUAGGCUCAUAUUUCAAGUUGCUAUCCGAAGUUCCCGCCGGUCGACGUCUGAUCAAACCCAGAUGCACUGCAGAUCAGCUUCUGGAGGACAUUUCGAACUCUUUGGCGAAGUUCAAAAAUAUUGACGAAUUUAGGGCAUUUUUCAUAACCGGGGACCUAUCGAGUGCGCUGUAUUUUAUGCCGCUGCUAGCGGAGGGCACGCUCGGCCGCCUGCUGGAGGACUUUCGAGAAUCCGGGCCUCGCGAGCUUGAUGGCAGAUUGCCGCUGGCUCUCAUUGAGAACCUUGAUGAUGUCGACAAGUUCUUGAGGGAGUGCACCUCGCUCUUCAGAGAUGGUUUUUUCGUUCCACAGCAGAAAGAAAUACACGAGAACCAGUUAACCAACAUUAUGAAGGGCGAUAUCUGUCUAUUGGUAAUGUUUCAAUAUGCUAUCUAUUUGAAUAGUGCUUCUGAGAUGAAGAGCAACCCGAGAUGCAAUGAGCUUACGACCGCUGUAUACAGAAACGACAAGCGGAGAAAGAAAGCCCUUAUGCAAAGCAGCUUGGACCUGAGUUUACCUCUCCUACGACCACCUAUAUUGAAAAUCCUAAAAAUGUAA